ACCAUACAAACGUCAAAACGUCAAACAAUUGUUGAAACUUGCGAAAGAUUACAUGUUUUCGGGAUCAAUUUCGUGUAAAAUACAGCAACCGUUUUUUUAUUAUAUAUUUUAAAUUGUUUUAACACAAACAAAAUAACACAAAUGUAAAAUGGGCCCUCCAAAAAGAUUUAGUAGUAAAAGUGAAGGUAAGGCUUCAAAAAAACGCAAAAAAGAGGAAGAUGACGCGUGGACUUAUGAAGAAGAGGAAACCAACGACACUGAAGAAGCAGCUGUACCAGGGGCCGCAGCCCGUGAUGCUGAGAAGAACGAUCAAAGUAUUCAAGAAGACGAAUUUGGUGCCAAAGAUUACCGUUCACAGAUGAUAUUGAAACCUGACAAUGUUUCACGGCCUCUUUGGGUGGCCCCCAAUGGUCAUAUUUUCUUAGAAUCGUAUUCUCCAGUUUAUAAACAUGCACACGAUUUUCUUAUUGCUAUUUCCGAACCUGUUUGUAGACCUGAACACAUACACGAAUAUAAAUUAACAGCUUAUUCGUUAUAUGCAGCCGUAAGUGUAGGGCUUCAAACUAAUGAUAUUAUUGAAUACUUGAAAAGAUUAAGUAAAACAAGUGUGCCCGAUGGGAUUGUUGAAUUUAUAAAGUUGUGUACUUUGUCUUAUGGUAAGGUUAAACUGGUUCUUAAGCAUAACAAAUAUUUUGUUGAAAGUCCGUAUCCUGAAAUUUUGCAGAAGUUGCUAAAAGAUCCUGUGAUACAAGAGUGUCGUUUACGAAGGAAUGUUGAAAAUGAAAGCGAGGAACUUAUUACGCAGGUACAAGAUAAGAAAAAUGUUCCUACAUUUGGUGCAAAACCUGGUACAUCCACAGAUCAGACCAAUAAUCCUGACGGUGCAACUAUAGUACCAGACGAUAUAACAAAUUUUUAUGAUAAAAUGGACAACGAGGAAGAUGAGGAGGACACUAAUUUACAGACUGUAUCUUUUGAGGUUAACCAAGAAAAGAUAGAAGUUAUACAAAAAAGGUGCAUUGAAUUAGAACACCCGCUUUUAGCAGAAUAUGACUUCAGAAAUGAUACCAUAAAUCCGGACAUAAAUGUAGACUUAAGGCCGUCCGCGGUUCUUAGGCCCUACCAAGAAAAGAGCCUCAGAAAAAUGUUUGGAAAUGGUAGAGCUAGAUCUGGCGUAAUUGUUUUACCUUGUGGAGCUGGAAAGUCUUUGGUGGGAGUUACCGCUUGUUGUACCGUUAGGAAAAGAGCUUUAGUUUUAUGCAAUUCUGGCGUGUCCGUCGAACAGUGGAAGCAGCAAUUUAAAAUGUGGUCAACUGCGGACGACAGUAUGAUCUGCAGAUUUACAUCUGAAGCAAAAGAUAAACCGAUGGGCUGUAGCGUCUUGGUAACAACUUACUCUAUGAUCACGCAUACCCAACGUCGUUCUUGGGAAGCCGAACAAACAAUGAAGUGGCUGAAGGAACAGGAAUGGGGCAUUAUGGUAUUAGACGAGGUACACACGAUACCGGCAAAGAUGUUCAGGAGGGUAUUGACGAUCGUUCAGUCCCACUGCAAAUUGGGUCUAACAGCCACUUUACUUAGAGAGGAUGACAAGAUAGCCGAUUUAAAUUUCCUCAUCGGCCCUAAAUUGUACGAAGCGAAUUGGUUAGAACUGCAAAAAAGAGGUUAUAUUGCAAGAGUUCAGUGCGCCGAGGUAUGGUGUCCCAUGACCCCUGAAUUUUACAGGGAAUAUCUAGUCUGUAAAACGAGCAAGAGUCUGUUGUUGUACGUGAUGAAUCCGAAUAAGUUCCGAGCGACACAAUAUUUAAUCCGGUACCAUGAAAGGAGAGGAGACAAGACUAUAGUGUUCUCUGAUAAUGUGUUUGCCCUAAAGCACUAUGCCAUUAAAAUGAACAAACCUUACAUCUAUGGACCCACUUCGCAAGGCGAAAGGAUACAGAUCCUGCAGAAUUUUAAGUUUAAUCCAAAGGUAAACACCAUUUUUGUAAGUAAAGUCGCCGACACAUCCUUUGACUUGCCCGAAGCAAACGUCCUUAUCCAGAUAUCCUCGCAGGGAGGCUCCAGGAGGCAGGAGGCCCAACGAUUGGGUCGUAUCCUCCGUGCCAAGAAAGGCGCCAUUGCCGAAGAGUACAACGCCUUCUUUUACACGCUGGUAUCGCAAGAUACUAUGGAGAUGAAUUACUCGAGAAAAAGGCAGCGGUUCUUGGUAAAUCAGGGUUACAGCUACAAGGUUAUUACUAAGCUGGCGGGUAUGGACGAGGAGCCCGAUCUGCUUUAUAAAACGAGAGAAGAACAAGGGCAACUACUCCAGCAAGUGUUGGCCGCUAGCGACAUCGAUUGCGAAGACGAGCGUAUACCGGGAGAAGGUGGGCUGAAAGGUGGUUCCGGCGCAAGCCGACGUAUCGGAAAUAUGGGAUCUAUAUCGGGCGCAGACGAUGCAGUUUAUUACGAAUAUAAAAAGCCUUCCUCACAAAACAAACAUCCGCUAUUCAAGAAAUUCCGAUACUAGUGAAUUUUAUAAAAUUUGUAUUGUGUGAAAUAACUUAGUUUUUAUGUUUAAAAUGUUCAGUUGUUGUUAAAA